UUUUCCAAUCCAAGUUUUUUUCCUUUUCCAUCUGGUUACUUAAUUUCUCUGGGUAAAAAGUUGGAAGUGAAAUUUGGUUUUUCCCAUCUAGAUUUCUUCCAUUUUGUUUCCUUUCUUAAGAAUAGAAAUGGAGGGUUCUUCUAGGAACCGAGAAUUGUAUUCUCAAAGAGAGUGGCUUGCAAGAAGAGAUAAAGCCAGAUUUGGAGUUUCAGAGGAAAAAAAGUUGGAGUUAAGGCUGGGACCGCCGGGAGAAGAUUGGUUUGACAAAGAGAAAAGAGAAAAGGACGGCAGAGAAAGAGAUGAAUCUCUUCUGUCUCUUGGGUGCUUCUCUUCUCUGGCUUCUAAGUCCAAUAACAACCAUAACAACAAUAUUUCUGCUGGGGCAAAGAGAGGGUUCUUAGAUACGGUUGAAGCCAAAGCAGGAGACCAGACAUGGUUGAUGACCCACAACACAAACCAGAACCAGAAGCUUACAUUUUCAGAAAAAACAGGUGGGACUGUUAUCUCUUCUCCAUGGUGUUCUUCAACGUCUCCUUCUCCUUCACCUUUCCAAGUGAAGACCCAUCAGCAGCAACAACAGCCAAAGCCUCAGUUUCUUCAGUUCCCGUCGAUUCCCCAGAGCUUACCUGUUAUGCCAAAGGAACCCCCAAAGGCAUGUAAUGACACAAAACUAGCUGCCGAGUUACAGAACCAUGAAAAGAAGGCAUGUUCUCCAGCUUCUGGUUCCGUUCCUGCAAAUACAUCUACUCUCAACAGCUCCAACAAAAGAACUUCUCCUGCUCCAGUAGUGGGUUGGCCUCCAGUUCGUUCAUUCAGGAAGAAUCUUGCAAGCGGCAGUUCAUCCAAGCCGGCACCGGAGAUACGUGACUCACCUCCAGCUGAGGUGAAUGUCGAGAAAACUGAAGUUUGUCGGAAGGGUCUGUUCGUGAAGAUUAACAUGGAUGGAGUCCCUAUUGGAAGGAAAGUGGAUCUCAUAGCCUAUGGCAGCUAUGAAAAACUCUCGUCUGCAGUUGAUGAACUCUUCAGAGGCCUUCUUGCAGCUCAAGGAGAUUCUUCUGCUGCUGGAGAUCAGAACAACAACGCAGAUCACAAGCCAAUUACGGGUUUAUUGGAUGGAAAAGGAGAAUUUACUCUCGUUUAUGAGGAUAAUGAGGGAGAUAGGAUGCUUGUGGGGGAUGUCCCAUGGCAUAUGUUUGUGUCAACAGUGAAGAGGCUUCGUGUGUUGAAGAGCUCUGAGCUUCCCACAUUACAGCUUGGUAGCAGUAAGCCAGGAAAGACUACUAGACUCGACAGUGGAGUGAAAGGAGGAAGUUGAUGAGAGAGAAAUUGUCAUUAGAGAUUCUCUCCAGUACAUGGCAAAGUAUCUAAUUUGGUUUUGUAAUUUAAGAUUUAGCUAUAGCAGUUUUACACCAUUUUCUCCCACUUUUUUGGUGACCUUUUUCUGCCCUUGUAAAAAGAAGACCUGGGUUAUGGGU